CUACAGUAGCGCCUGCAUCUGCCUUGCAGUGAUCGCUAUAACUCCACCUGGACGCGUUUUGUGCUCUGAAUCAUUGCUGGUUUGUGUCUUGCACGACUUGUUUUUUUUUGUCGGGCUUUCCUUCUCUUCGUUACCCUCCUUGCGACCUGAAUCUGGUCUGCUAUUUCGGUAAUCCUCGAAGCAGUACAGCUAUCAGACACUGUACUCUAAUUUCACCCCUCCCUGGGUGUUUACGACCUACGAUAUCCACAGUCGCAAUACUCCUACGCAUCACGACUCUCCCCUAUGACUCCACGACGUCUUACGACGUAACGAAUCCCUCUCUCAACCCCGCCGACCCCUACAACUCACCCCGCGACGCCCCGACCUGGGUAACGGUCGUCCACGGUCGUCAUGCUCGAAGGCCUCGUUUCAAACCUGCUUAAUCGGUUCUUGGGCAUGUAUGUUCAGAACUUCGAUCCAAAGCAACUCAAUGUCGGCAUCUGGUCUGGCGAUGUGAAGUUGCGAGAUCUCGAGCUCCGCAGGGAAGCCCUCGACCAGCUACGCCUACCACUAAACGUCGUCGAAGGCCACCUCGGCUCGCUCACACUCUCAAUACCGUGGUCGAAUCUGCGCGGGAAGCCACUCAAGGUCAACAUCGAGGAUGUGUACCUACUGGCAGCACCGAAGGAGGAUGCCGAUUACGACGCCGAUGAAGAAGAGCGGCGAGCACACGCUGUCAAGAUGGAGAAAUUGGACAGCGCGGAGCUACUCAAGGAGCGCAACACCGAAGGCAUGAGCGCAGAAGAGCAGCAGAAGAACCAGAGCUUUACUGCCAGUUUGGUCACCGCCAUUGUAGACAACGUUCAAGUUACAAUCAAGAAUAUCCACAUCCGUUACGAAGACUCGAUAUCCGACCCUGGCCAUCCCUUUGCCCUCGGUGUCACACUCGCCGACUUCAGCGCUAUCAGCACAGAUGAGAACUGGAAGCCUACUUUCAUCCAAGGCAACUCGACCUCGACACACAAGCUGGCGACAUUAGGUUCGCUGGCCGUAUACUGGGACACGGAUACAAAGCUCAUUGGGACCGGAAAGGGCAAUCAGAGUAGUGAGGAGCAACAUAUCGACCAUUCGGACUUUAUUGAAACGCUCCGGGACAUGAUUGUGAGGGGCGAGAGCCCUGACUUGGGUGAUCACCAGUUCAUCCUCAAGCCUAUCAGUGGUCGUGCUGGCCUGGAGAUGGACAAGACUGGCAAGCCCGACCGGCCCAAGAUGAAGGCUCGCCUCCUCUUUGACGAGCUCGGUUUCAUCAUUGAUGAGGAUCAAUAUCGCGAUGCCCUUAUGCUGGUAGACCUCUUCCACUACUUCAUCCGACACCAAGAGUACAAAAAGUACCAACCAAAGUCAUCACCGAAAGAGGAUCCUGCUGGGUGGCUCAAGUUUGCAGGCCAGGCCGUCCUCGACAAGAUCCACGAAAAGAAUCGCCAAUGGAGCUGGGACUACUUCAAGGAGCGUCGCGACGAUCGAGUACGAUAUAUCGAGCUGUUCAAAAAGAAGAAACGUGAAGAGAAGCUCAACCCUACCGAAGCCGAGGAUCUCGAUAAGCUCGAACGCAAGCUGAGCUACGAAGAUCUCCGUUUUUGGCGCUCAUUAGCACGGAACCAGCUGCGCAAGGAGAAUGUGGGAGUGAAGAAACCACCCCCCAAGCAGACUUGGACCUCUUGGGCUUGGGGCGGUAAGAAGGAAGAGCAGCACGAUGACGAAUCCCAAAUGAGCGAGCAGCAACGCAAGGAGCUGUACGAUGCUAUCGACUGGGAUGAGAAAAAGGCCAUCACCGAGGCAGUGGAUAUGCCUCGAGAAUAUGUCAAGUUGGAGGUCAAUAUGAGCCUUCGGACCGGAAGCUUCACGCUUAAGCGCGACCCUCACGGAAAGUCAGCCGAGAUACUUCGUCUUCUCUUCGACUCAUUCAGCACUCAAUUCUUGCAACGUACAGACUCCAUGUUUGUCAAAGUUGCUCUUGAGGGUAUGCGUCUGUAUGAUGGUACGACAGAGGGCAGCUUGUUUCCACAGAUUAUCACCAUCAAGGAUGCCCCACCCGUGCCAGACGACAAGCGCAUUGAGGAGCUCAAUGAUGAUGAGUCGUCCAAGGACGAUGAGGGCGAGGAAGAAGAGAAAGAAGAUCCGUUCUUCUACCUCACAUUUGAGAAGGACCCACUAGACAACAGCGCUGACACGUCUCUCACUAUGAAACUGAAGGGUAUGGAGUUUGUGUAUAACCCACGAUUCGUGGUAGAGGUGGCAAAAUUCUUCAAACCUCCCGAGCGACAUAUGGAAUCGAUUGGCGCUCUCAUGGAAACUGCUGGAGCUACUAUUGAAGGCAUCCGGCAGCAGACCCGUGCAGGCCUGGAGUUCGCACUCACCGAACACAAGACCAUCAAUGCACAGCUGGAUCUGCAGGCACCACUUAUAAUUAUCCCGGAUUCUGUGACCAAAAAGUCCAGCAACUGUCUCAUUCUCGACGCUGGUCACAUCAGUGUGACAAGCGAGCUCAUCGACAAAGAUACAUUGCGUGAAAUUCAAUCGAAGCAGAAGCAACAAUACACCGAUGAGGACUUCCGACGGCUAGAGAAUUUGAUGUACGAUAAAUUUCUUCUAAAGUUGCAUUCGACCCAGGUUCUGAUAGGACCCUCAAUCGAGGAGACGCGCGCACAGCUCGAGGAGGAUUCUGCAUCGAAAAACCUCCAUAUCAUAGACAAGAUCAAUAUGGACUUCAAGAUCGAGAUCUGCAUCGUUCCGAAGGCGUCCGAUCUGACCAAGUUUCGCGUCUCAGGAAAUCUUCCGGUCCUCCACGCAUCAAUAUCGGACGCAAAAUACAAGAACUUGAUGAAACUAAUCGAUGUGGCGAUACCCAAGUUCGACAACGAUGAGCCAAGCAAGCAGGUCGCUGAAGGCGCAAAGGGUCCGUCUAACCUGAAGCCAACGAGCGAUGCGAAGGCGAGUACAGACCCUCUCGGAAGACCUCGAUCAAAGUCAUUUCAAUUUGCUGCCCAAGACCAUGAGCUUGUCAUGGAAGAAGAGGAAGGUCACGGCGACGAAACAAAUGAAAAGUUCGAAGAUGCGCCAGAAGUCAAGGACAAUAAGGAAGAGGCUCAUGUUCAUCAACGCAAUUUCGAAUUCAAGUUCACGGUCGAUAAACUACAAGGCUCGCUAUUCAGGACUGAUCCAGAGGGUCGCAAAGCAGACCAACUGCUAGUCGAACUCAUUGCUGAAAGCUUUGAUCUCGACUUUUACCAGGAGCCGUUUGAGAUGGGUGCAGAUGUGCGUUUGAGAAGUCUAGCUGUUGAAGAUCAUGUUGAACAGACUCCAACACCUGAGUUUAAAAACAUCAUAUCUUCAGAAGACGUUUCAGCGGACGAGCAGAAAGACCUCUUUGCUUUGAAGUUCGUCAAAGUCAACAAGGACUCCCCAGAAUUUCAGACAAAGUACGAGGGCAUCGCUACGAACUUGGAUGUUGCAGUUUCGACAAUCAACUUGAUUGUGACUAGACGGACGCUUUUGACGCUACUAGACUUCGUUCUCGCUACCUUCACGAGCCCUGGGCCAGCCCAGGAUCAACAGGCCCAAAUAGCUGCAAAGGCACAUGAGGACCAACAAGUCGCCCAACAGCCUCAGGCGGAGCCGGAUAAGAUUCGCAUCCGCGCUGAGUUGAAGCGCAUCGCAGUCGUUUUGAACAACGAUGGCAUACGACUUGCCACUCUGAGUCUGAACUCUGGAGAUGUUGCUAUCUUCCUAAACGGCAAGACUAUGCGCAUCGGUGGACGACUCGGCAACCUGUCGUUGAUAGAUGAUGUAAACCAAGGUGUCUCUGAGGAGUCAUCGCUUCGCCAACUCGUAACUAUCGAGGGCAAAAACCUGGCUGAUUUCAGCUAUGAGACCUUUGAUGCUGAUUCGGAGAGCUACCCGGGCUACGACAUGUCUGUUGCGCUCAAGACCGGCUCUAUCAAGAUCAACUUCCUCACAGAGCCCUUCAGAAAGAUAAUGGAGUUUGCCGUCAAAUUUGGCAAGAUGCAAGCAAUUUUUAACGCAGCUCGGCAGGCAGCGGAGAACCAAGCAACACAGAUUCAAUCAAGGGCGACCAAGUUCCAUUUCGAUAUCACCAUCAGCACGCCCAUCGUUGUCUUCCCAAGAAUGGUCAUUUCGGACAAACCUGAUCGUGACACUUUAACUGCGAACCUUGGAGAGAUAUAUGCGAAGAAUACAUUUGUUCCGCUGGAUGAUUCCAAGGAUGCGGAUGUUGCCAAUAAGCUUUCGGCUGGAAUAAGGAACAUCAAGCUCACCUCAAACCUCCAUUAUGACGAGGACCGCUCAGAGGAGCUUGAGCUUAUCGACAAAGUGGACUUGGACUUCAACAUCACAAUGGUCGAGCAUAGGGAGGGACAACAGCGUCCCGACCUGGAGAUUGAUGGUUCGAUGUCAGAUAUGAACGCGCGCCUCACACCCGAGCAAAUGAAGUUUGCACUGGAGCUGUCGCGAUCCAUUCCGGCAGCAUUUGCUACGGAGUCGGAAGCCAUUGAGGAAGAUGUUCAAGCUGAAUUGCCGAAGUCGACGACGGAGCCUGCGCGUCGACUCACCGAUCAAGAAUCCACUGACGAAGAGCCUUCCAAGAAUGUGGUGUCAUCGCAAGGGCCUGAACUUCAGACUAACGCUGAUAAAUGGACGAAGCUCGACUUCGUUUUCAAAGUUGGCACUAUCGGCUUAGAAUUGGUCAAGUCUAAGGAUGGCGAGCCUGUUGGCGACGUUGAAGCUGCCAGCCUCUCCAAAUUCUCACUUAACGACACCAAUGUCAAGGUUCGCAUGAUUAGUGACGGUGCAAUGGAAGCGGAGCUGGUUGUGCAAUCAUUCACCAUCCGGGACAGUCGCACUCAGGGAACAAACAAGUUCCGGAAAAUCAUGUCGCUCAUCAACAACGACGUCAAGCAGCAGUUCAUGGCUAGUGUCUCGAUCUCGGGUGGGCAAGAGCGUAAUCUGAUUGCGCUUUUGACAAUUGAUAGCCCGAGGAUCAUCUUGGCUCUGGACUACCUGUUCGCUUUGCAGGCUUUUGCCAAUGCCGGCCUUGCAACAGAUGAACCUUUGGCUAUAGAGGAGGAGACUGAGAAUGACGAGACUGAUAGCGACGACGAGAUCAUGUCACCGGAUGGAUCUCGAACCCCAGCGAAGCUAGAAGCCGCUCCAGAAUCCACCCAAGGAGGGAUGAACAUCUCAUUCCGAGUCAACUUGGUGGAUGCACAAGUUGUGCUCAUCGCAAACCCCGCCUUGGCCAGCUCAGAAGCCAUCGUCUUGGGCACGAAACAAGUAUUGGUUUCUAAACAGCAAGCCAUGACUUUGCAGGUAGACAAGGUUGGCAUGUUCUUGUGUCGCAUGGACCGCUUCGAAACAAACCGCAUGCGCAUCCUUGACGACUUCAGCAUCCAGACAGCGCUCGACAUGCGGAACCAGGGCUCGAAAUCGUCUUUGAUCAGCAUUACUGUCGAUAUCGAGCCUCUUGUGCUCCGCUUGUCGCUACGAGACAUCCUGUUAGCUAUGCAAAUCGUAAACCGCGCAUCUGCAAUGUCAGGAACCGAUGACAAGACGUUAGCUAGCGAGGUACCGCAAAAAUUGAAGCCGGGCACACCGUCCAAGAAGGGUGCAUCGAUAGCGGGCAAGGCGUCGUCGCAAAGGCCCCGCGCAAAGUCAAUUGCGACUACUAAGCGAUCCAGCCAACACGGCACGCAACUCCAAGCUCCACAACCUCCUUCUGCUGUGCUCAAGAGGGAGGAAAUGCAUGUUAGCAUCGAAGGCAUUCGCGUGGUGCUUAUUGGUGACGUGCAUGAGAUGCCGAUGCUGGACUGGCGCGUGAAGAAGUUUAAUGUCGAUGUACGCGACUGGUCCGGUGCCAUGGUCGCUGACACCUCUCUGGACACCCUCAUUAAUGUCUACAACUUCUCGAAGUCGGCUUGGGAGCCCUUGAUCGAGCCCUGGAGUGUUGGCUUUCACAUGGCCAAAGACCAGAACCCGGACAGGAUCUCCAUGGAUGUGUAUUCCCGCAAGGCAAUGGAGCUUACGGUAACUGCGGCUACGAUUGCCCUGGGGUCCAAGUCCUUCGACUUCCUCACUAGUGACGAAGAUAUUCUUUCUAAACCACGCGGUAGUGAUGCACCGUACCGCAUCCGAAACUACACUGGCUUCAGUCUCGACGUUUGGGCUGAAGGGAAAGAACAAGAGGGCUUUGCAGCGAAGCUAGAUGAUGGUGAGGAGCAGCCAUGGCGAUUCGAAGAUCCCAUGUCAACAAGAGAGACGUUGUCCACAGAUGGGGCAACAGGUAUGAUUGGCCUCAGGCUCCAAGGAAGCGGCUUCGACACUCUCUCACGAAUCCCCGUUCAUCGUGAAGGCGAGUUCCUGUACAAUCUCAAGCCGAAGCAGGACCGGAUACAGCACCGCAUACUUGUAGAGGUAAAGCUUGGUGCCGACAACAUCAAGAAUAUCACCUUCCGGUCUCCACUACUAGUGGAGAACAACACACAGAUACCAAUUGAGCUUGGCAUGUUCAGCCCUGAAGAAGGCCAUCUUCUAAAGAUCGAUAAGAUAGCUCCCGGUGACGCACGACCAGCACCUGUUGGCUCAGUCUACAUGCAUUCGAUCGUCGUUCGUCCAGACCAAGGCUUUGGCUACGCUUGGUCAAAUGAGCAGCUGUUUUGGAAAGACCUACUUAAGCGUCCAACUCGGACAAUUACCUGCCGCGGCGAGCAAGACGAACAGGCACCGCCAUUUUACUUCCAAAUGCACGCAGCUUACGACAAGAAGGAUCCACUAACCGGCGUAUAUCCAUACAUGCGUCUCCGCCUACAGGCACCAGUCGAGGUUCACAAUCUUCUUCCGUAUGACUUCAAGUAUAGGAUUUAUGACAGCAACACGAAGAAGGACUGGACAAACUUCCUUAGGAAAGGAGGUAUCAGCCCUGUCCACGUUGUUGAGCUCUCCCAUCUUCUGCUCAUCAGUGUGGAAAUGCAAGAUGGCCCAUUUAAGCCGAGCAAGUUUGGCAUCAUCAACUCCACCGAUCGAGAGAGCUUCCGAAGGGAGAAAGUUCUGGAGGUCAAGGAUGACAACGACACAAUCUUGCACCUGAACAUGCAUUUCCAUAACUUCCCCGAUGGAGGUGGCGCAUUCAAGGUCGCAAUAUACAGUCCUUACAUUGUCCUCAAUCGCACCGGGCUUCAGCUUGAUGUUCGGUCACAGCAGUUCAUGGGACAAGCCAAAGCUGCUGCUGGACAGGGUGUCGUCUCGGAUGAUCAGAAUGACGCUGGCAAGGCUCUACCUUUCAUGUUCUCUUACCCGACGGACAACAAGAAGAACCGCGCUCUAAUCAAGGUUGGGGAUUCCAACUGGAGCAAGCCUCAGAGUUUCGACGCGAUCGGAAGCACCUACACAGUUGCGUUGCCGAAUAGCAAAUCACGUUCAGACAUGCAUCUCGGCGUCUCUGUUGCUGAGGGCGAAGGCAAGUACAACCUAACCAAGACCGUGUCCAUAGCUCCCCGCUUCAUCGUCAAGAACAAGAUCAAGGAGGAACUGCUUAUCCGCGAGCCUGGCCAGUCGGAUUGGAUGUCGCUGAAAGAUGGCGAGCUACUUCCUCUGAGAUGGUUGCGUCAAGGAGGGUCACCACAGUUGUCUCUCUGCUACCCGGGUGUCAACAACCAGUGGUCGUCGCCCUUCAACAUCUCAAAUGUUGGCAAUGUUCACGUGAAGCUAUCCAAGGCCGGUCAGCGUCAGAAGCUAAUACGCAUCGACAUUUUGAUGGAACAAGCCACCAUCUUCUGCCACAUUAGUGUGGAGAAUAAGCACUGGCCAUUCUCGUUCAAGAAUAUGAGCGAUCAGGAGUUCUUGUAUUGGCAGGCGAACCCCCAUCUCGACGAGGAUGAGGACGAUCGCGGCUCUGGCUUCCGCCCAAUCAGGUACCGCUUGCCUCCUAGAAGCAUCAUGCCGUAUGCAUGGGAUUUCCCAGCUGCGAAGAACAAGGAGAUAGUCAUCAGCGCCAACGGCAGAGAACGGCAUGUCAAGCUUGCCGAGAUCGGCCCUCUCAUUCCCUUCAAGAUACCACCUGGGCAAGAGCGAGGUGGUAUGAAGGUUAUCGAUCUCAACGUCGUGGCAUCAGGUCCGACGCAAACGCUCGAGGUCUCGAACUACAAGCCGUCGAAGAGUCUGUACAAACAGAAGUCCGCCACAUCAUCUUCUACGACGACUGGAUUCGAAGUCAAGGAGCAGGAUACCGACGUCACUUUCAAAGCUCAAUUGAGACUUGCUGGCAUCGGUAUCUCGCUGGUCAAUCGUCACCUCCGCGAAUUAGUCUAUAUCACCCUGCGCGAUGUGGAGCUAAAGUACUCCGAUUCGCCUCUCUAUCAAAUGGUCAAUAUGCAGGUCAAGUGGAUCCAGAUCGACAACCAACUCUACGGUGGCAUCUUUCCUAUCAUCUUCUAUCCCAGUGUGGUCCCCAAGACUGGCAAGGAGAUGGAAGCGCAUCCUAUCUUCCAAACCAGCAUCACUCGUGUCAAGGAUGACUCUUACGGUGUCCUGUACAUCAAGUAUUUCACGUUCCUCCUUCAGCAAAUGACGCUCGAAAUUGACGAGGACUUCAUCUUCGCCAUGAUCGACUUCGCUAAAAUCCCUGGUGCGUCCUGGGCGGAAGAGAAGGAGGGUAAACUAUGGGAUGACGCACUCGAUAUUCCGGAGCCCAAGCAGGAACAGUCUGGUCAGGAUGUCUACUUUGAGCUGCUGCAUCUGCAGCCGAUGCAGAUUGAUCUGUCGUUUGUCCGAACCGAACGCAUCAACGCUGAAGAUACCAUGAGCACUUCCAAUCCCUUCAUGUUCGCGGUCAACGUUCUAACCAUGUCCAUCGGCAAUGUCAAUGAUGCACCAGUUCGAUACAAUUCUUUGAUGUUGGAGAACGCUCGUAUCUCAACGACAGCAUUGAUCAACAACAUCAAGAACCACUACGUGCAGGAGUCGCUGCGACAGGUGCACGUCAUUAUUGGUUCUGCAGACUUCUUGGGCAAUCCGGUCGGUCUAUUCAACAAUAUCAGCUCAGGUGUUGCCGACAUAUUCUACGAGCCAUACCAAGGUCUGGUCAAAUCCGAUCGUCCCGAGGAGCUGGGUAUUGGUAUCGCAAAGGGUGCAUCAAGCUUCGUCAAGAAGUCUGUCUUCGGCUUUUCAGACAGUAUGGCCAAGUUCACAGGUAGCAUGUCGAAGGGUCUCUCAGCUGCUACACUUGACAAGGAGUUUCAAGAUCAGCGCCGCAUGUCUCGCUCGCGCAACAGGCCCAAGCACGCCCUUUACGGCAUCACAGCAGGCGGCAACGCCUUCGCCAGCAGUCUUGCAAGCGGUCUCGGCGGUCUCGCGCGCCAUCCAAUGCAGGGCGCUGAAAAAGAGGGUGCACUCGGUUUCGUCAAAGGAGUAGGCAAAGGCCUCCUCGGCGUUCCCACUAAAGCAGCCAUUGGCGCCUUUGAUCUUGCAUCGAAUAUGGCUGAGGGUGUCCGCAACACAACCACCGUCUUCGAUCAAGAAGGCCUCGACCGCGUCCGCCUAACCCGCUUCAUUGGUACUGACGGUAUCGUGCGCUCUUACUCGCAACGCGAAGCGCUCGGCCAGUUCUGGCUCAAAACAUUGGACAACGGCAAGUACUUCAACGAAGAUUACAUUGCGCACCUCGAGCUGCAAAACAAGGAGAUGCUUGUCAUGUUGACGUACAACGGUGUGAUGAUGGUGCGUACGAAGAAACUGCAGACGGAGUGGGAUGUGCCUUUGAAGGACGUGCAGACUAUUAGCAAGGAGAGGACGGGAUUGGGCAUCACGUUGAAGGGGGGUACGAAUGGGCCGUUUAUUCCCGUGGGGGAUGAGGGGAGUAGGAAUUGGUUCUAUCGACAGGUUGCUGUGGCGGUGAAUGCGUAUAAUGAUAAGUGGAACGCCAAGGGCUAGAAUGGAAGCUUGGUGGUAUCCAAGCUGGGGUUGGGAGUUGGGUGGUAUGGAUUAUGCAGGGCAUUGCGAGGGUAUCAGAUUGCCUUUCUUUUCGUCGUGAGAGUUUUGUAAUGUAUAUUCUUUCCUCCUUUGCUACCAGAGAUGCUUUCUUUUGGCGAUGUAGGGUAUAAGCACUGAAUGAGCACAUAGGUACACUGAGAAUUGCACUCUCAAUAUGCCGUCACAUUCAAUGCUCGUGGUGAAUAUGUGGAAGGACAUCGAUGUACAUGGC